AUGGACAUCAACUCCCUGUUAUCGCCACAAGACUCGCCUGCGGACGAGACCCCGCCGCCCUUGGGCACACCGCAGGGUGGGUCGAACAAGAGGCCCCGCGGCCCCUCGAAACGGACAUCAUCGAACCUCAGCCAGCAAUCGUACACCUCCGCAUCGCCGCAGCCUCGUGGCCAGCUACCGACGCCUUCGGGGUCGUACUCUUCGGGAUCAUACUAUGGGUUGCAGAGCACAGCGCCACCGCUGCCUUCACCUGGCGUCGGUGUUACGAGUGCGCCGAGAAUGGCACAUAGCACGACCAGCACCCUCUCGGCAGAUACAAGAGCCUCUCCGCUGGGGACUAAACACGAGGACCGGCCUGCACAGCGUCCGAUGCAGAGGCAGUCGUCUGGGAUGGAUACUUUGGCAGAUCUUGCGUCAAUGCAGCAGCACCAUCACCACCAACCGAAGCGACACAGUCUGAACGGAUUGCAAGACGCUCCAAUCUACGACCGCCCCCACGCAUCAUCCCGAAAUUCCAGCUUUAGCUUGCCGUCACUCCCUCGUACGUUGUCUACCCGCUCAGCCAAAGACUUCGCCAUGGCAGACGCGCCCGUCUCACCCCGAGUCUACACGGCACGGUCGCUCUCGCACGCCGAUUCCGAAGCCAUUUCGCAGCUUGUCCAGUGCCUCUCAGAAAACUCCUACGACUAUAACUCACAUGUGCGGCUCAUCGAUCUCCUUCACAAGGGCUUCGUCGACCAUGCCGCCACGUCCAAUGAUCCAAACUCGUACGAGCUACUUCAGGAUUUGCGCCAAGCUCGCCAAACAAUGGACUACAAAUUUCCUCUAGGCGAAGAGCUAUGGGUUGAUUGGAUCGACGAUGAAAAGUUGUUGGCGAGAUCGACCGACGAGCGCAUCGCUGUCAUGGAACUGUGCGCCAAAGCGGUCCAAGAAGAGCCCAGCAGCGCCGUCUUGUGGCGUCUCUAUGGCGACUACAUGUACUUCCUCUGGACGGCCGCUUACGAGAUUGACGCGCCAGAGGCUUGGACGGAAGAAGACAGAAUCAUUGGCAAGGAGGUUUUCAAGUGGGAGCCCAUGAUGGAAGUUUGGGAACGGGGCGUGGCAGCGACGCAAUGGAGGCUGAACGACAGCCAUCUCGUCUGGAACCGGUGCAUCGAGAUUAUGAUGGAAGACCAACAGCGCUAUCCGACUUCGGAUAAAGUGCGUAAUCUGACGGCUCUGUUUGGCGAAAGGCUGACGAAGCCGCACGCCACAUGGGAGGAGACUUUUCAGAUGUUCUCCAGCUUCGUCUCAACUUACGACAAUGCUUCUUAUGAGGAGACCAUGACGGGAACGAAUAAGCGCGCGGCACAAGCUAAGCAACAGUAUGCACUGCGAGAGCCUUUCGAACUAAAGAUCCAACAAGCUGCACGGAACAGGGACAAGAACGCUGAGUGGUAUGCUUACACGGAGUACCUCGACUGGGAAGUUCGCAAGAAAGGCGUUUUCAGCUUUCAUUUGAUCAAUGCGUUGUACGAGCGAGCUACCCUGCGAUUCGCUACCGACGCCACACUGUGGGAGGACUACGUUGAGUUCUUGAUUGGGGAAACAAGAGCUGAAGUGAACUUGCUUCCAAUCCUAGAACGAGCAACACGACACUGCCCCUGGUCUGGUGGCCUGUGGUCGCACCGGAUCCUCGCUUUGGAAGCGGAGGGAAGGGUCUUUCAAGAAAUUGAGGAGGUUAAGCACAAAGCGACGAGUAGCGGUCUUUUAGACGUGGGCGGUAUGGAGGAUCUCCUCAGAGUCUACAUUGCCUGGUGUGGAUUUCUCCGUCGUAGAGCAUUCGACUACGGCAACACGACUGAAGACGACUUGGACAUUGCCGAAGUCGGUAUUCACUCGGCGCUUGAGCACGUCCGGGAGAUCGGCGAGCGGAAGUACGGCAAGGACUACAAGGGCGAUCCCCAGUAUCGCCUUGAGAGGAUCCACAUCAACUUCCACACGCGAAGCAAAAAUGUGGACGUAGCUCGCGAAGUUUGGAGGCAGUUGGUUCCGCUAAGAGGUGACAGCUAUGAUUUCUGGUAUCGCUACUAUAUUUGGGAGAUGAUCAUCUGGGCUAAAGUCGCAAUCCCUGAUGACAGCACGGCGACCACCCGCCUCUCGACUCCACGCGAGUCGACCGCAGUUCUCAAACAGGCAUUGAAGAGGAUUGCGACAAUGGACUGGCCAGAGCAACUUACUACCAUGUAUCUGAACCAUUGCGAGCAGCAUGAGUCGGUUCAAGAGUAUCGCUCGGCCAUCAUUACGGCCAGAAAGGCGGACAAGCAGAUCGCGCAGAGGAGAGCUACCGAAGCUGCUGAAGCUCAGGCUGCAGCGGCGCAACAGCAGCAGCAAGCAUUGGAUGCUAGUAUCAAUGUGGCGGCACAAGAAGAGUCUGGUAGCGCGAAGCGGAAGAGGGACGCUGAUGCCACGGACCUGGAAGAGAUUGCAGCAAAGCGGAGUCGCGGCGAUGACACAAGAGUAGAUGUACCUUUCGGCGACGCUUCUUCCUCUGCGACGUCGCAGCUAAAGCGCGAUCGCGAGCACACCACCAUCAUUGUGAAGAACCUGCCGGUCGAAGCAACCGAGACCAGAGUGCGGCAAUUUUUCAGAGACUGCGGUACUAUCAACAGCAUUAACCUCGUCACCGAGGAUGGCAGCCAGACCGCGACCAUAGAGUUCGAAACCCAAGAAGACGCCAAGUUCGCCCAGUCCCGUGACGGCCGCGACUUCGAUGGUUCUACAAUUCAGAUCUCCUUCGGCACAGCCACAACCCUUUGGGUGACCAACUACCCUCCAGAAGCAGACGAGCGCUAUCUUCGGGAUCUAUUCAAGGAUUACGGCGAGAUUAUUGAGAUCCGCUUCCCUUCUCUUCAGAAGAACACCCAUCGCCGCUUUUGCUACAUUCAGUUCCUCACCGCAGCACAAGCUGAAGCCGCGUCCAGCGCCCUGAAUGGCAAAAAGCUGGACAAACAGCACACCCUCCGAGCCCUCAUAUCAGACCCGAGCCGGAAGGAUGAUCGCCACGGCGCGACCUACGAAGGCCGCGAAGUCUUCAUCGCGAACCUACACUUCAAAACCACAGAAGACGAGCUCGUCGAGCUGGCCCAGGGAUACGGUACCCUCGAAGGCGUGCGCAUACCACGGAAAGUAAACAACACAUCCACCGGUAUCGCAUUCAUCGUGUACUCGAACAAGGAGGAAGCCGCCGCCGCCGCCAAGGCUCUCCACGGCAAGGAGUUCAAGGGCCGCGAGCUGCGAGCAAACAUCUCCGAGCCCAACGCUAAGGGCGCAAAAAGGCACGCUACCACCAUCAUCUCCUCCGCCUCUCCCGAACCUGGCGCCUCCGCUGCCUCGCCCGGCUCAGCCCACUCAGCCAACACAGCCGGAACAGCAGAUGACUACCGCGCCCGCACCAUCGCCCUCCUCAACAUCCCCGACACCGUCAACGACGCGCGCGUUCGCGCGCUCGUGUCUCAGCACGGCCAGCUAAGAAAACUGAUACUGAAACCGGAGAACGGGGGCGCGAUCGUCGAGUUUGCGAAUGUGCAGGAUGUUGGGAAGGCGAGCUUGGCGCUGGAGGGACAUGAGAUUGUGCCGGGAAGAACGAUCAGGGUCGGGACUGUGGAGGAGUUGAAGAGGGAGAAGGGGGAGAGGAAGGUUGAUAGGAUUGGUGGGGGGCCGAGGAAGGAUGUCAAAAAGCAGAGAGAAACUGGAACGGCAUCGAAGAUGGCGUCGAAUCCUCCGGCCGCGGCGGCUGGGAUGUUGGGUGGAGGAAGGGUUAAUAGACCUGGUCAGGCGGGCGCGAGGAAGGGUGGGAAUCUGGGUGUUAAGAGGGGUGGUAUCGGUCUUGGUGGACCGAGGGCUGGAGAUGGUGUACACGAGCCGGAUACGGCAGCGGCCGGUGGCGGAGCUGCGAAGAGCAACGCAGAUUUCAAGGCGCUAUUCCUGAAGUCGCAGGAGGGCAAGGACAAGAUGGACGAGUAG